UGCGAGUCAAGUUUCUCUCCACACUCCAUAUUGCUUGUUGGUAAAGCACAAUCUCCAUCGCCCCAAACACCAGAUUGACGAGUAGUUGAUCUUGGAGGACCUGCGGCGCCCAUUCUUCUUCCUUCGCCCGAUUGCAACCAGGGGAUUGGGGCUAUUAGACUUGAGCCUGAGUCUCCUAAGGUUGUACUUCUUUCCAACUCAACUUUCUCUUUGCCUCCGGAAUCCUCCAGAGCUCAUCAACAUGGCUAGUACCAAGGUCCAAAGGAUUAUGACCCAACCCAUUAACCUGAUUUUCAGGUUUCUUCAAAGUAAAGCCCGCAUUCAAAUAUGGCUUUUUGAGCAGAAGGAUCAGAGAAUUGAAGGCCGAAUCAUUGGCUUUGAUGAGUACAUGAACUUGGUUCUUGAUGAUGCUGAGGAAGUCAAUGUCAAGAAGAAAACCAGAAAGUCCUUAGGAAGGAUUCUUCUUAAAGGAGACAAUAUUACUCUGAUGAUGAACACAGGGAAAUGAUGUCACCUGGCAAUUAUCGAGACCGCAUAGUGUUUCAAUUUGGGAGGCCCGGGAGUUUGAGCUAUGUAGUGUGUAGUGCUAUAUUCGACACUAAAACGUGCUUUUUUUGGACCGACUUCAGGCUGUUAGGAUAUGAACUUUGAAGUUAAAAUGAUGAUUUGUCUUAUUCAACUUCGCAAUAUCCCUGAGUGUUGCACUAAUGCUUGGUUGGAUAAUAUGUUUUAUGUCAGACAAUUUUAAAUUCAUUUGUUAGUAUC